AUGGAUGAGAGUUACGACGUGAUUGUUUUAGGCACCGGAUUGAAGGAAUGUAUCCUCAGUGGUAUGUUGUCUGUGGUUGGGAAGAAGGUGUUGCAUAUGGAUCGCAACAAAUAUUAUGGAGGAGAAAGUGCAUCUAUGACUCCACUGGAGGAGUUGUACACAAAAUUCAACAUGGGUUGUCCCCCACCAGAAUUUGGACGAGGAAGAGAUUGGAACGUGGAUCUUAUUCCCAAAUUUCUAAUGGCAAAUGGCCAGUUGGUAAAGACUUUGAUCAGAACUGGUGUGACUAGAUAUUUAGAGUUCAAAUCUGUGGAAGGUAGUUUCGUGUACAAAGGAAACAAGAUACACAAAGUACCUGCCGAUGAAAGAGAAGCUCUAGGAUCAUCUUUAAUGGGUAUGUUUGAGAAACGCCGUUUCCGUAAGUUCUUGAUAUAUGUGCAAGAAUUAGAUGAAAAUGAUCCCUCUACAUGGCAAGGUUUGGACCCUCACAAGUGUUGUGUAAAAGAACUUUAUGAUAAAUUUAGUCUGGAUGGAGGUACUGUUGAUUUCACUGGCCAUGCACUCUCCUUGUAUCUCAGCGAUGAUUAUUUUAACAACUCUGCCAUUGAUAUUAUUAAACGGUGCAAGCUUUACAGUGACUCAUUAGCACGUUAUGGGAAGUCUCCCUAUUUGUACCCAUUAUACGGAUUGGGAGAGCUGCCACAGGGCUUUGCUAGACUUAGUGCAAUCUAUGGGGGAACCUACAUGCUGGACAAGCAAGUUGAUGAACUGGUAAUGGAAGAUGGAAAAGUUGUUGGAGUAAAGUCUCAAGGCCAGGUAGCCAAAUGCAAAAUGGUCAUCUGUGAUCCAUCCUAUGCUCCUGAAAGGUGUAAAAAAGUUGGGCAGGUUGUGCGGGCAAUCUGCAUCUUGGACCAUCCUAUCCCUAACACAAAUAAUGCCCUAUCUUGUCAGAUUAUCAUUCCACAAAACCAGGUGGACAGGAAAAAUGAUAUUUAUGUAUGCUGUGUAUCUCAUGCUCAUAAUGUAGCUGCAAAAUCCUUUUACUUGGCAAUUGUCAGUACAACAGUAGAGACUGACAAACCGGAAGAAGAACUUAGUGUUGGCUUGAACCUCCUGGGCUGUAUCAGACAGAAGUUUGUUAGUAUUAGUGACCUUUUAGAACCUACAGAUGAUGGUACUCAAAGUCAAAUUUUUAUCUCUAAGUCAUAUGAUGCCACAACCCACUUUGAGACCACUUGCAUUGAUGUCUUGGAUAUCUUCAAACGAGCCACAGGAGAGGACUUUGACUUUUCUAAAUCUAUUCCCCCUCCUGCAGAUGCUUGGUGUUUGCUAUAUUCCUUAGCCGGACAUGUGCAGCACCCUUACACUCUCUCUCAGGAAGGCUUUAGAAAGUCUUUGUCACGAGAUGACUUUUCUUUCUUUUUCUUUUCUUUCUCUUUCCCCCGUUCCUCAUCCUCUCUGAAGAAUUGA